AUGGCGCUAGCCGUCACAACUUUUGUACUUUUGGGGCACUUUUACGCCGCUCUAGUGGGUCAGGCAGCUUCCGACGGCGCAGAUCCGCCAAUCCGCUGCGUGGCACUCAGCGCGCCAGAUUCCAUCCUCAACCGCCACCUCUGCGAGAAAAUCGGACUUGGUGUCUGCGAUAGCGCCGCGGCGGUGCUAGCCCUCAGCAGCGCCAUCGUCCGCGAUGCGCCUAACCGGGAGCGUUGUCUCCAGACGCUUUUCGGCUUGUACGCCGCUCUAGCAUGCCCGACUCGUUCGUCCGCAGAGCAAUUUAUUCAGCGAGUUGGUGUGGACGGGCCGGUGGUAGCGUACGUAUGCAAAGGCGUCUGCAAAGCCCUUUGGACGGCAUGCUCGCCACGCGCCGGUUUACCUUUUGCCGACCUCUUAGCAGAGGAGGAAUCUAAAACAAUAUGCAAGAAUGUUGCCUUGCCUCAAAGCGCUGUUCAAAUCAGGGAGGCCAGGGACAACCAAUGCAUUGGCAGGAUCAUCACCCUCUCGGAAGCUGAUGUUGCCGAGAUCAACUGGUUACUUGGCGGAAGGGUAAACUGGCACUUCAUCAAGCUGAAAGGCUAUGGUAAGCUUUGGGCCGCCGAAAUCUCAAGCUGA